AUGGAAGAUCUAGCUAGGAAGUAUCAAGAACAACAAAGCGAGUUGACAGGAUAUGUUGAAUCGAUAAAAAAGCUCGAAGCACAGUUACAAGAAAAUACUAGUGUUUAUAAUGAAUUAGACAGAAUAGACAGCGACUCCAAUAUAUACAAGCAAAUCGGACCCACCCUUGUUAAGCAAUCCCAAGAGGAGGCAAAGACGAACGUUCAGACUAGACUUGAUUUUAUCAAGAAAGAAAUUGCUCGUGUGGAAAAGCAAAUUGAAAGUUCAAAGGUGGAAUUUGCCAAGCUCAAGACUGCUAUCGUUCAAGCACAAACCGAAGCAGCUUCCAAAGCAAAUGCUUCCUCUUAA